AAUAAAAAUUUAUAUAAAAAAAGAAGAAAUUGUGUCCCAUAUUUUGGGAGAAGAAAGAGUGUGAAAGUACAAAAGUGUCCGUACAACAACUACUCGGAUUUUUCCCUCAAAAAAAAAAAAAACAACUACUCGGAUUUGGGCGGAUCCCCCAAUGCUGAUUUGAUCCCCUUCAAAGCUCAUUCUUUUAUAUGCAAACAAACAUGAACAACACUCUUAUUCUCACUCCGAAUUUGAAUCAGAUUCAUCUCAAGCUACAUUUUCUUUUGCUGAUUUCACUUUAGUUGUUAACUAUGGAAGUUCCAUCUCAGAUCCGCAUUAACAGCAGCUGGCGAUUGUCUAUAUCGGAUUCUAGUCUUUCUGGGCAUAGGUAUUUGUUUUCUGGGUACAGUUUCUCUGUCUCCAGAAGGAAAUGGAGGAACCCUUUUGUUCAGAUUAGGUGUUCCUCGGCGAUGGAACAGGGGUUGAAGCCACGCCCCAAAUUGAAUCAUGUGAAAUUCGAUGUGAAAGAAACUGUUUUGGAGGAAACCCAGAUCAGAAAAUCGAGUGUUGGGAUCUGUAAUCAGAUUGAGACGUUUGUUUUGUAUAAAAGAUAUAGGGAAGCACUUGAAUUGUUUGAAAUUUUGGAGCUUGAUGGUGGAUGUUGUGAUGUGGGUAGUAGUACGUAUGAUGCUUUGGUGAGUGCUUGUAUUGGAUUAAGAUCCAUUAGAGGAGUGAAGAGGGUGUGUAAUUUGAUGAAUAAGAAUGGGUUUGAAUUGGAUUUGUAUAUGAGGAACAGGGUAUUGUUGAUGCACUUGAGAUGUGGUAUGAUGAUUGACGCUCAUAAACUGUUCGAUGAAAUGCCUGAGAAGAACUCGGUUUCUUGGAACACAAUGAUAUCCGGGCUUGUUGAUUCUGGAGAGUUUAUGAAGGCGUGUAAGUUGUUUCUAAUGAUGUGGGAGGAGUUUUCUGAAGGGGGGUCUCGCCUGUUCGCCAUGAUGAUUCGGGCGUCGGCGGGGUUGGGACUCAUCUUUGCUGGAAGACAGUUUCAUUCGUGUGCUUUGAAGAUGGGUGUAGACCAAGAUAUUUUUGUGUCUUGUGCAUUGAUUGACAUGUAUAGUAAGUGUGGAAACCUAGAAGAUGCUCAAUUUGUUUUUGAUGAGUUGCCUAAAAAGACAACAGUGGGAUGGAAUACUAUAAUAGCAGGUUAUGCACUUCAUGGUUAUACUGAAGAAGCUUUGAGCUUGUAUUAUGAGAUGAGUGGAUCUAAUGUCACCAUGGACCAUUUCACAUUUUCUAUACUCGUAAGAAUAUGUACAAGAUUAGCUUCAUUAGAACAUGCUAAGCAAGCUCAUGCAGGUUUAGUUCGUCAUGGUUUCGGGUCAGAUAUAGUGGCCAACACGGCACUUGUGGACUUCUAUAGCAAAUGGGGAAGAAUAGAAGACGCUCGCCAUGUUUUCGACAAGAUGCCCUGCAAAAACCUUAUUUCUUGGAAUGCCUUGAUUGCUGGAUAUGGUAAUCACGGUAGGGGUGAAGAAGCCAUCGAAUUAUUCGAGAAGAUGCUCGAAGAAGGGCUGAUGCCCAACCAUGUAACGUUUCUUGCUGUAUUAUCAGCUUGCAGCUAUUCGGGAUUAUCAGAACGUGGAUGGGAGUUUUUUGAGUCAAUGAGUAAAGAUCACAAGAUUAAACCUCGUGCAAUGCAUUAUGCAUGUAUGAUUGAAUUGCUAGGACGAGAGGGGCUUUUGGAUGAAGCCUAUGCACUAUUAAGCAAGGCACCAUUUAAGCCAACGGCUAACAUGUGGGCUGCUUUGCUGACAGCUUGUAGAAUCCGUGAGGAUUUAGAGCUUGGUAAACUUGCAGCUGAAAAACUCUAUGGAAUGGAGCCUGAGAAGCUAAGUAACUAUAUUGUACUCUUGAAUAUAUACAACAGUUCUGGCAAGUUAAGGGAAGCUGCUGGUGUUGUUCAGACUUUAAAAAGAAAAGGAUUGAGAAUGCUUCCGGCUUGUAGUUGGAUUGAAGUGAAAAAAAAGUCUCAUGUUUUCUAUUCCGGAGAUAAAACUCACUCAGAAAUUGAGAAAAUAUACCAAAAGGUGGAAGAAUUGAUGGCAGAAAUUUCAAAACAUGGUUACAUUGGUAAGGAGAAGACUCUGCUUCCUGAUGUGGAUGAACAUGAAGAACGAAUACUGCUAUACCACAGUGAGAAAUUGGCUAUAGCAUAUGGUAUGCUCAGUACUCUAGAUGGAACAUCACUACAGAUUGUGCAGAGCCACCGAGUCUGCAGCGAUUGCCAUUCCGCCAUAAAGUUAAUGGCUUUGAUCACCGGACGGGAAAUUGUUCUAAGAGAUGGCAGCAGAUUUCACCAUUUUAAAGAUGGUAACUGUUCUUGUGGGGAUUAUUGGUGAUGGAGCUUUUACUUUAGGACUAGAAUAUAAUAGCUUUGCUAAUUGAUUUAUUUGUAUUAUGCUCUCUUUAUAGGUCCUUGAGAGAUUAAUAAUAAUGGAAGAUGCAUUAGUUUUGAUCAA